AUGCACGACAGCGGAACGGGUGGUGGCUCCUCUCUGGGAAAUUUCCCGCUGUUCCCCUACACAGGGUGUGCAGACGACGACAUCAACAGGUGUGACUUUCCCAAGACCCUCCGCGCCGUAUCGAGGAACAAUGGCUCGGUGGAAGCCACACCGGGCUACUUUGCCCUCUCGCUCAACAGCUCUAUCCGGGCCGAGAUGACCACGACCAACCACACGGCUCUCUAUAGGUUCACCUUCCCCUCCGAGCCGACCAAGGACAAGAGGGGUGGGGAGCUGCCGUACAGCCCGCUCAUCCUCGCCGACCUCACCGAUCUGUCCGACUCUCGUACGAAUGGCCAGAUCAAGGUAGACCCCGACGCGGGACGCAUCACCGGCAACGGCACCUUCGCCCCGUCCUUUGGCGUGGGGACCUACGACCUGCACUUCUGCACCGACUUCGAGGGUGCCGACAUCCGUGAUGCAGGGGUCUGGAUCAACAACCGCGCCGGCAACACCUCCGACUACCUCGUUCUCAGCGAGGACGGCAACAACGACCCCCCUCUACCCGCUGGUGCGUGGGUGCGCUUCCGGGCCCCCGAGUCCAACGAGAUCCUCGCCCGAGUCGGACUUUCCUUCGUCAACGUCGACCAGGCCUGCCAGAAUGCCGAGAAGGAGGUGGAAGACUUUGAUUUUGCCCGCGUGAGGGAGGACGCUGCCGACGCGUGGAGGCACAAGCUGGGCGCCGUAUCCGUGGAUAGCAAAGGUGUCUCCGAGUCCCUGCAGCGGACUUUCUGGUCCGGGAUCUACAGGUCCUUCAUCUCGCCGCAAGACUACACAGGCGAGAACCCACUCUGGGAGAGCGACGAGCCCUACUUUGACUCAUUCUACUGUAUCUGGGACAGCUUCAGAAGCACCCACCCUCUCCUCACCCUCUUGGACCCCCACGCCCAGGCCCUCAUGGUCCGCAGCUUGAUCGACGUGUACCGCCACGAGGGCAGGCUUCCAGACUGUCGCAUGUCGCUGUGCAAGGGUUUCUCGCAGGGCGGGAGCAAUGCUGAUAACCUUAUUGCCGACUCGUAUGUCAAGGGGCUCGAUGGUGGGAUCGACUGGGAGACGGCUUACGAAGCCGUUGUGUCGGAUGCCGAAGAUCAACCAGCCGUCUGGACCCUCGGGGGCCGCGGAGGUCUGGCCAGCUGGAAGAAGCUUGGCUACGUCCCAACUGACGACUUUGAUCCAGUCGGUGUAGGCCUGUUCACGCGUUCGAUAUCCCGAACGAUAGAGUACUCGUACAACGACUUCUGCAUCGCCCAGAUGGCUCGCGACAUGAAGAAGACGGACGAUGCGGAGAAGUACCUGAAGCGAUCCGAGAACUGGAUCAACAUGUUCGACGCAGACUCGCGGUCCGAGCUCAACACGACGGGCACGUCGGAGCUGGUGGACAGUGGGUUCAAGGGCUUCCUGCAGCCACGCUACCUGAACGGCACGUUCGGGUACCAGGACCCGGCUAUCUGUACCUUCCUCCUCAAUUUCGAUGGCUGCUACCUCAAUCCGGGCGGGCACGAGACGUACGAGGGGGGCUCGUGGCUGUACACCUUCUACGUUCCCCACGACCAGGCCACGCUGAUCCCCACGCUCGGCGGGACGGACGCCUUCAUCAAGCGUCUCCGCUUCCUGCACGAUACCCCGGGCCUCCUGUACGUUGGAAAUGAGCAGUCGUACAUCCACUUCUUCCUCUUCCACUUUGCAGGCCGCCCGGGCCUGUCGGCCGAGUACGUCCACAAGCACAUACCCGGCAGCUUCAACGACACGCUCAGCGGCAUCCCCGGGAACGACGACUCUGGCGCCAUGGGCAGCUUCACCGGCCUCACAAUGAUGGGGCUGUUCCCCGUCAGCGGACAGAACGUCUACCUCAUCAACCCGCCUUUCUUCCGCGAGGUCAACAUCACGAACCCCCAAACUGCCAAGACAGCUACCAUCCGUGCUGUCGACUUCGAUGCCGCGUACGCGAACAUUUACAUCCAGAGCGUCAAGCUGGACGGGGAGGAUUACUCCAUGUCUUGGAUUACUCACGACUUCUUUGUCAAUGGUGGGACUCUCGAGUUGACCCUCGGCCCUCACGAGAGCACCGAAUGGGGUACCGGGAAGGAUGACAUACCGCCCAGCGCAUCUACCCACUUCUGGGGGAAGUAG